CAUCAUCGGCAGAAUAAAGUUCGUUCCAUUCGACACGGAUCAAUUUUUAGCCGAAGCCAUGUUCCACUGGUGUCAUAUAUGAAACACAUUCACAGAUUUGCCCAAGGACUGCGGCUCCGGCAGGUAGACAUGGUUGAGGAGGGACUUUGUGGUAGUAGUGCUACAAUUACAAAAUUAACCCAGAAGCUUAAAGGAGUGUGUGUCAAUGCUAUUCGCAAAAUGAAGAGGCAAAAGAAGAUGCAAAUUGGUGGAGGAAGAACAUAUGUUGUUCUUGAUGAAAGCAAGUUUUGCCACAAACGGAAGUAUGCACGUGGCCGUUUUGGAAACACCUGGCGAAGAAAAGCAUGGGUGUUUGGCAUGAUGGAAAUAAAGCGGAAUCGCAGGAGACCCCUCCUAAAGGUGGUUAAGAGAAGAACAGCUGCAAAGUUGAUUCCUGUUAUUCAGAAAUAUGUGCGUUGUGGAACCACUGUGAUCAGUGAUGAAUGGCCAGCUUAUAAACAACUAGGACAACACGGUUACAUUCAUUAUCAGGUCAAUCACAAACGCUUCUUUGUACAUCCACAAACAGGAGCACACACACAACACAUUGAGCGAGCAUGGAGAACAUUCAAGAACGAAGUGUACCGUUACAGGGGUAACUUGACAAAAAAAUCAUUGAAAGACCAACUUGCAUUCAUUGAAUGGAAUUACUGGAGGGGAAAAUCACAUCCAAGAGGUGUCCUUGGAUGUCUCUUUGAAGACAUUGGACUGAAGUAUCAGGUGUAACCCUUUAAACAUCAAAACCAGAAGUAAAACGUGCUUCAACCAAUAUUGGAUGAGGUGCAACCAAAAAGAAAAAAAUGACUCUAUAUCAAAAAUGGUGCAAAAACUUCUUUAUUUAACUAAAAACAUGACAUUUUAAGGCAAUGCUUCAAGGCCAACAUCAUGUUUUAUAAAAAAAAAAAAAAAAUGCAAUAAGCGUUGCACAAUUUUUGAUGAACAGCCCCUUAAACUGCCAGGUUCUCCCAUGUAUCCAGUCUUCCAUGUCUAAUUACUGUUACAUACAAAUAAACCAGUUGGUAUUUUUCCAUGUAGGUACUGAACAGUAAGCCUUCAAAUGUGAUUAGCAUUAAAAUCAUUGAUAAAAAAGAUGGUUGUAUGAAAUAGCAAAUAAUAUUUGUAAGUAUAUGUACUGAAAUAAAUAUUUUAUUGAUUUUAUGGAUUCACUCUGUACAAGCUAUUUAACAACACACUUUCUGUUUCUUUUUUCUGUACAUGCCAAAGUCAAAAAUAAAUUACUUACCUUUUCUACAGAA